CAUUGCGAAAUUCGUCGCUGUACAUUGAACAUUAAAAAAUAAACACGGAGCUCAAUAAGCUACGAAACUGUAUUCUAUACUUGGGAAUCUAGAAACCGCAGGUCUGGAGAAUUUAAAUUUUAUUUUUGCUGACUCUUUAAUAGAUUCAACAUGCCAAUCAAGCAGGACCCAAGAAUCAUCUUCGCCAGUGAUGGAAUCACCACGAAUGUAUGAAGAGGGAGAGCCUGACAUUAGUUUUAAAAAGGACUUACUAAAGCAAGUGUUCACAUUCACAGAGGAAAGUCAGCACGCACUUACCCUCGAUCCAACACUCGAGAACGUGGUUGAUCUUCAGGAGUUGAUUAAUACUGCUAUCCCCACACUGGAGGCAGAGGAGGGGCCGCUAAAUUUGGAUAGCAUAUUUCCUGCGAGUGACCUUGACAUUGUCGAGGGCCACACCUCCAACUUCCAGGCAGGCAACCAGAACAAUUUCUUGGAUAUAUCAAAGUUUGUUCCAGAAACAGUUCAAAAAAUCUGCAUGACUAACUCUAAAGAGGCGUCAUUCAAUACCACCGGCAGUGACUGCAGGCAGAUUUUGACGAUCAAGUCCGAGGACUUGGAUCUUACUGCCUGUCAGAGUCCGGAAGUCACUGUUUGUGCGGCUGACAGCUACACGUCAGAAAACAGCUCCCGCUGUAGCACACCAAACACACCAAAGACACCAAUUGUCUACGAGUGCAGGAAACCUGGUCGAAAGCCAUCAGCAGGCGGGCCUAUCCGCCCACGUAAAAAGGAACCAAAAAAGGACACAGCUGAGUACUACGAAAAACGAGCUAGAAACAACGUUGCUGUUCGUAAAAGCCGCGAAAAGGCAAAACUUCGACAGGGUGUGACGGAAACAAGAGUUCAAGAGCUUACAAGUGAAAACGAGAGACUGCAGAAGAAAGUUGACUUGUUAUCAAAAGAACUUAACGUUCUUAAAAGCUUGUUUAUCAAUGUCGGUGCAUCUUUGCCAGAGAACUUUGAGGAGAUUCUCAGCAGAUGACCCAAACUUUUGGAAUAAUGACAUUCAUACCAUUAGUGACAUUGACUUUUCAUCAAAGACAUUCGCCAAAUUUAUCUCGCCUAUUUGUUGUUGUGACUCUUAUACAGACAUUUUGUGUAUUCAUGUAGAAACUUUACAUAGUCAUAAUAUUUUGUACUGCUUUAAAAUCUUUUCCAAUGUUUACACAUUAUCAUUGUAUGCCUUGUGCAGUUUACAAGUAUUUUAUACCAAAUAUGGCAAAAGAAAAAUAGCAUUUCUAAUUCUUUUGAAAAAUUGUCACGGCAUUAGAUACUCAUUUGUUUUAUUUAUUGAAAUAAUUCAUGGUGAAUUUGGACUAACGGAUCAAGCAUGCAUUACGGACCAAGAACCUGUUGAAAUCCAGUGUGAAUGUAACAAAACUUUUAGCUGGAAGCUGUGUAACGAAAGAAACUGUUAUAGAUUUAUUAGAAAUUGUACCCACUUGUUUUUAAGAUGUAUAUUGUUUUUAACACCAGGUAAUGAUCUCUUUGUAUUAAAAAAGAAUCGUUACAAAACUCAAGCUUUGAUUAUACUUGUAACCCAUUCAGUUCUGUUCUGAUACCUUAAAAUGAUAGGAAAAUGAAUAAAUUCUGUACAGGCUAAA